AACAGUAAAGUUAGCCGGGCGCGAUACCAACGAACAACAACCAACGAACGUUACGUCAUUUCCUAUUUACGUAAAUUUUCCCGCGCUGGUUGUAGGGUCAGCUCAGCUGUCAUUGAGAAUAAACACUGUACAACUUAAGUAUGUCAACCUCAGAUUAUGAUCCAGCUUGUUUGCCUGACUUGUUGCCGCUUUAUUACCGCAGACUGUUCCCGUUUUCACAGUACUAUCGCUGGUUAAGUUAUGGCGGUGUGUCUAAAAACUACUUCCAGAACCGCGAGUUUUCCUUCACCCUAAAAGAUGACAUUUAUGUGAGAUAUCAGUCCUUCACCACUCAGAAUGAGCUGGAGAAAGAGAUGCAGAAAAUGGUUCCCUACAAGAUUGAUAUUGGAGCAGUCUACAGCCACAGGCCCAGUCAGCAUAACGCAGUGAAGUCUGGAACCUUCCAGGCGCUGGAGAAGGAGCUGGUGUUUGACAUUGACAUGACAGACUAUGAUGAUGUCAGACGUUGCUGCAGUGCUGCUGAUAUCUGCUCAAAGUGCUGGACUCUAAUGACCAUUGCUAUCCGUAUUCUGGACCGGGCACUUCGGGAGGACUUUGGAUUCCAUCAUCUCCUGUGGGUGUACUCGGGCCGGAGAGGGGUGCAUUGCUGGGUUUGUGAUGAUGCUGCUAGGAAGCUCUCAGUGGCGGCACGCUCUGCCGUGGCAGAGUAUCUCAGUUUAGUCAAGGGUGGUGAGGAGACUGUGAGAAAAGUUGUGUUGUCAGAUCCAAUCCAUCCUUUCAUCAAUCAUUCUCUGUCAGUGGUGGAGCGCUAUUUCCAACAAUACGCCAUUGUGGACCAGGACAUAUUGGGCAGUAAGGAGAGUGUAGACAAAGUUCUCGCUGUUUUGCCUGAAGAUAUCAAAAAGGACCUGGCAGUCUCUUUUAAGGAUGAAAAGGACCCAAUGAAGCGAUGGAACCUACUCUGCGAUCUGGUUCUACGUAAAAAGUCGAAUAGUAAGAAGGGUGGUCAGUACUUUGAUAAGGAGAUCAUGCUGCAGUACUGUUACCCACGACUGGAUGUCAACGUCAGUAAAGGAGUCAACCACUUACUGAAGAGCCCCUUCAGCGUACACCCUAAGACAGGUCGAAUCUCAGUCCCAAUAGAUCUGAAAGAACUGGACACGUUUGAUCCUUUUGAGGUCCCUACGAUCAGUCUGAUCUGUGAGGAGCUGGAGAAACCCAGAGCAGAGGAGGCAGAGGAAGAUGACAUGAAGGACAAGGAGAAUGAACAGGAAGCUGGAGAACGACGCAGAAUCAGAGACUACAAGCGGACCAGCCUGGCCAAGUACGUGAAGGUCUUUGAUCGGUUUUUGGAGGCAAUGGCUCGAUCUCGGAAAGGAGAGAUGCUGAAGAAGAGUGAUCUUCAGAAGGACUUCUAAGACAGAAGAGCUGGGACUAUAAAACAGCAGUUUAUCAGAAUGCAUUUACAUGUUCAUCUGCUUCUGUAGAUACAGACACUUUCACAUACAAAGAACCACAACAGUCUUGCUCUGAAACAUUCCAUCGGACGAUUAUGUAUGAAAUAAUGUCAUUUAUUUCCAUGUGAUACUGUUUCUUUACUUUUCUAGUGGAAAUAGGUUUUCCCUCAUGUUCUGUGUUUUGUAAAUCAAACUUUUUUUUUUUAGUUGCUUUCACUUUUUUUAUACCAGCUAAAUAAAAUAAUUUGUACAAA